AUGCCAUCAGAAUCUUUGAGUAACAGUGAAUCAAAUGGAAAACGUAAACUAAAGCAUAAAGAACCAAAACGAUUACGUCGUAAAAAUAAACAAAUUGAUGUUCAAAGUGAAGAGAAUAUAACAAAUAAUAUUCUAAGAACGGAUGAUACUUCGUUAACAAAAGUGAAAAACACUGAAGAAAAUGUUCCUUGUUUGCUAAAUACUUCAUCUUCAAUUGCAGAUAAUGAUCCAGUAGUUGCAUUAACCGAUGAAUCAUCAGUGCACUAUUGGAAAUUAUGUACAAAGAAAGCAAUGGAUCUUCUCGAAAAACAAGCCGUUAAUCGAAGAAAACUAUUAGUUGAAAGACACCAAGAACAUGUAGACAGUAUACGAUAUCUACUUCAUCAACGCGAACAAAUCAAUAUAUUGUCUGAAAAAAACCAUUCGAUAUCUCAAUCAUUCGAUUCUUUACGUGAUGAAUUACGUACAAAAGAAGAAAAUUUAAAAAUAUGUGAAGAAAAACUUCAUGAUCGUAAUGAACUUCUUCGUGAUAAUGAAUUUUUACGAGUUCAAUUAAAAUUAAUGGAACAAAAAUUUGAACGUUUUACUAUUGAAUAUAGUAAAAAACUUGAUGAAAAUCGUCAACAUGAACAUGAAUUUAAUGAACAAAUUCAAUCAUUAAUGGAUGAAAUUGAACGAAUAAAACGUGAUCUUGUCUUAGAAGAAUAUCGAAAACAAGAAGCUGAAAGAAAAGUACGAUAUUAUGAUGAAAGAAUUCAAAUUGAACAAACUGUAAAUAAAAAAAUGCAGCAAGAUUUAAUUCAAUUAAAACAAGAAUUAAAAUCAAUUCAUACGAGAUAUGAUUCAUUACAAAUUGAAAUGCUUGCUAUGCAUAAAGCAAAUAAUAAUGAUAUAUCAUUAAUACCAACAAAAGAUACAGCUGAACAUGAAUGGCCAAAGAAACGCAUAUUGAAUCAUGAUACUGAUGAACAAUUAGAAAUUAAACGAUCAAAACGAAAGACUCGAGAACGAACAGAGUCAUCUGUUAGUACAGCAAGUAGUUCUAGUGAUCAACGAAGUAAAAUAGCGAAAAAGCUAUCGAAAAAUAAAGAGAAUAAUGACAAAAAUCCAUCUUUGACUGUAAAAAGAAAAACAUUGAAAUCGAAUAAAACAAAUAAAAAUCAGUUACCUAUGGUAACUGUUACACAAGCUAGUCCAUCAAUUGAUCAAACAAUAGUAACUGAAAAAGAUGCAGUACAAUUAUUACUUCCAUCAUCGAUCAGUGCGACAAGUGAUGGUAAUACACCUACAUCAGAUUCUCACGAUACAAGUAAUGAAUCACAACUAGUAAAACCACGAACAAAAAAACCAAGUCGUUAUCCAUGUCGACGUGCACAACGUCCAGUUAAACAAACUGAUAUUAAUGAUCAGGUUCAGCAGUAA